CCUGAGCCCGGGCUCCGCGGGGCUUCGGGGCCUCAGGCGCGCCGGGGGGGUUCCCUGCCGCCGCCUCCGGGAAGGACGGGAGCCCCGCGUGGCGGACACUGCAGCAGUCACCGUACUGAGGCGCCCGAGCCUGCUCCGCCUGCGGCUCGGUGCGCUCUGGGCACCCGGGCGCCUGGCCCGGUGCACGGCGGCGGCUGGCGCACCGCGGCGAGCCGGCUGCGGGACUGGCUAGAGGGCUGUGCGUGCGCGUGUUCGACCGGAGAUCCGAGCUAAAAGCAGAACCAGGCGGGCCGGAGCAGCCAUGCUUCCCGGGGUGGGCGUGUUCGGCACCAGCCUCACGGCCCGUGUCAUCAUCCCGCUGCUGAAAGACGAGGGCUUCGCGGUGAAGGCGCUCUGGGGCCGCACGCAGGAGGAAGCGGAGGAGCUGGCCAAGGAGAUGAGCGUCCCCUUCUACACCAGCCGCAUUGACGAGGUGCUGCUGCAUCAGGACGUGGACUUGGUGUGCAUCAACCUGCCGCCGCCCCUCACCAGGCAGAUCGCAGUCAAGACCUUGGGCAUCGGCAAGAACGUCAUCUGCGACCGCACGGCCACGCCCCUGGACGCCUUCCGCAUGAUGUCGGCCGCCCACUACUACCCCAAGCUCAUGAGCAUCAUGGGCAACGUGCUGCGCUUCCUGCCGGCCUUCGUGCGCAUGAAGCAGCUCAUCGAGGAGGGCUACGUGGGCGAGCUGCUGGUGUGCGAGGUGCAGGUGCACGGUGGCAGCCUGCUGGGCAAGAAGUACAACUGGAGCUGCGACGACCUGAUGGGCGGAGGCGGCCUGCACUCGGUGGGCACCUACAUCAUCGACCUGCUCACCUUCCUCACCGGCCAGAAGGCCGUCAAGGUCCACGGGCUGCUCAAGACCUUCGUGAAGCAGACCGACCACAUCAAGGGCAUCCGCCAGAUCACCAGCGACGACUUCUGCACCUUCCAGAUGGUGCUGGAGGGCGGCGUGUGCUGCACCGUCACUCUCAACUUCAACGUGCCCGGCGAGUUCAAGCAGGACGUGACCGUGGUGGGCUCAGCCGGGCGCCUGCUGGCGGUGGGCACCGACCUGUACGGGCAGCGCAACAGCGCCCCGGCGCAGGAGCUGCUGGUGCAGGACGCCACGCCCGUCAGCAACUCCCUGCUGCCCGAGAAGGCCUUCAGCGACAUCCCCUCGCCCUACCUGCGCGGCACCAUCAAGAUGAUGCAGGCCGUGCGCCAGGCCUUCCAGGACCAGGACGACCGGCGCACGUGGGACGGGCGACCGCUCACCAUGGCCGCCACCUUCGACGACUGCCUGUACGCCCUGUGCGUGGUGGACACCAUCAAGCGGUCCAGCCAGACGGGCGAGUGGCAGAACAUCGCGGUGAUGACGGAGGAGCCCGAGCUGAGCCCCGCCUACCUGAUCAGCGAGGCCAUGCGCCGGAGCCGGAUGUCCCUGUACUGUUAGCCCGGACUGGGGACCCAGCGCGACCUAGGGCUCCCGCCUGGGGCCCAGAGAGGGGGAAAGGCUGGGGUAGAGGUGGCCUCGAGGAGUGUAGUGGUGGGGAAGUGGAAAGGCAGGGUGAGAAAAUGGCAUCUGGGAGGCUGAGCCCGUGUCCGGGUGAGGGGCCCUGAACGAGACUGUUGGGACGGUGACCCGCGGUCCCUGAGGUCAUCCCUGCUGGCGUCGGCUGAGACGGAGGCGGUCAGCCGCCUCUGCUGCCCUUUACUGUGAGAAGCCGGGAGGGGUUGCCGGCCUCCGCCCCUCGUCCAUCCCCCUCCCCCACCUUGGCCUCCUUGGCAAGCUAAAUGCUCCUGCGUGCUCUGAGCCCCGUUUCCAGGGGCGAGCUCGGCUGGCGGGAGACGGCACAUCUUCACGUGCCCACGCAAGCUUGCAGGUGUGUGUGCGGGGGG